AGGGAGGGAGCCGGGUCCCUGCAGAGAACCCGCCUGAAGAAGGACACCGGGGAGAUCGGGCUGGAAGGAUGAGGAGCUGCCGCCGCGGACUUCCGCUGCAGCAGGAGGGAUUUGAGUUAGACGCUGGGAAGGAGUUCCAGGCUGUGAGCUCAGUUUGUAAAGGUCUUCAGACCAAGGACGGUGACUUCUGCCCCAAAGCCUCAAGAUAGCAGCCUGCUCAGACACAUCCAUCUUGGGUCCUCUCCAAGAGGACCUGGCCACCGAAGGGUCGUCUUCUGCUGCUGACCCCCAUCAAAUCCCAUCAUGCCCACAGCCCUGUGCCCCCGAGUCUUGGCUCCGAAGGAAAGUGAGGAGCCCAGGAAAAUGAGGAGCCCACCUGGAGAGAAACCUAGCCCCCAAGGAGAGCUCCCCAGUCCAGAGUCCUCCCGCCGCCUCUUCCGCCGCUUCCGCUACCAGGAGGCGGCGGGUCCCCGGGAGGCCCUGCAGCGCCUCUGGGACCUCUGCCGGGGCUGGCUGCGGCCUGAGAGGCACACCAAGGAGCAGAUCCUGGAGCUGCUGGUGCUGGAGCAGUUCCUGGCCAUCCUGCCCCGGGAAAUCCAGAGCUGGGUGCGGGCCCAGGAGCCCGAGAACGGCGAGCAGGCUGUGGCUGCAGUGGAGACACUGGAGCGGGAGCCAGGGAGACCCUGGCAGUGGCUCAAGCACUCUGAAGACCCCGUGGUGAUCGACGAUGGGGAUGGCCAUCCGGACCAGGAGCAGGACCGACUGCCCACCGAGCCCCAGAGUGACCUUGCAAAGAACCAGGAUGCCCACCCCAUGGCUCUGGCAGAGGGCACCGGGCUCCUGAGCCGACCGCCAGGGCAGCUCAGCGGGGACCCAGUUUCACAAGACCCUUCCCUUCUUCAGGAGGAGAGUUGGAGGGACACACAGCAGGUGACCGCCUUCCAGCUGCCUUCGAACCGGGUUUCUCCAUUCAAGGACAUGAUCUUCUGCUUCUCUGAAGAGGACUGGUCCCUUCUAGACCCAGCCCAGACUGGCUUCUAUGGAGAAUUCAUCAUAGGGGAGGACUGUGGGGUCUCGCUGCCUCCAAGCGACCCAGUUUCCCAGCCAGCCCUCUCCCAGGGAGAGGAGAGCGAGCCACGGGUUCCAGAGCUGCAGGACCUCCAAGGGAAAAACGUUCCCCAAGUCUCCUACCUGGACUUUCAGAGUCUCCAGCCGUUCCAGAUAGAAGAAAGAAGAAAAAAUGAGGUACAGGUGCCAGAAUUCCAGACCUGCCAGCAGGUGGCGCUUUCUCCAAGCACCUACCCAGCGGGUGGAGGCGCGCUGGCCCCCGAGAACGGCCUCAACGAGGAGGUGUCCAUCGAGAUCGUCCUGUCCAGCUCGGGGGACGAGGACUCCCAGCACAGCCCCCACUGCCCUGACGAGCCGCGGGGUGCCACGGAGAAGCCGCGUGUCCUCCCCACCACGCACAGGAGCAGCUCCGUGGGCUUCACGGACGUGGGCGGCGAGGUGCAGGCCUCCUCCAAGAAGUCCUACGUCUGCCCCAACUGCGGGAAGAUCUUCCGCUGGAGGGUGAACUUCAUCAGGCACCUGCGGAGUCGCAAGGAGCAGGAGCAGCCCCACGCGUGCUCCGUCUGCGGGCAGGUGUUCGGCGACAGCGAGGACCUGGACGGGCACCUGGAGACCCACGAGACCCAGAAGCCUUACACGUGCAGUGCCUGCGGGAAGAGCUUCCGCCUCAACUCGCACCUGCUGUCCCACAUGCGCAUACACCUGCAGCCGGGCGGACUGGGGCCCGCGGAGGCCAAGGCGCUGGGGCCGCCGGGGGCGCAGGGCGGCAGCCCCAGCGCCCUGCUGGAGAAGGGCAAGGGCAAGCCGGGCUUCAAGUGCUGCGACUGCGGGAGGGCGUUCCAGCGCCAUGACCUGCUGGCCCGGCACCGGAGCGCCGCGCACGCCAAGGCGAAGGCCGGCGCCUUUCAGUGCCGCUACUGCGUCAAGAGCUUCCCGCAGAAUUACGACCUCAUCCGCCACGAGCGGUCGCACAUGAAGCGGCGCUCCAAGCAGGCGCUGAACUCCUACUGA